AUGGCGUUAGCAUCCACCACGUUGCCGACGAAGACUGGAUUAUCUCUUUGGUGUCCGACUUCUCCGUCUCUCGCUCGUCGUUUUCCCGCUCGUUUUUCUCCGAUCGGUUCCAGAAUCGCGUCCAGAGGCCUCGUCACUGCUUCGUUCGCUAACGAGAAUCGCGAAUUUGUGAUUGUUGGUGGAGGAAAUGCUGCUGGUUAUGCUGCUAGGACUUUUGUAGACAAUGGAAUGGCUGAUGGUCGUCUCUGCAUUGUGACCAAAGAGGCUUACGCACCUUAUGAGAGACCAGCUUUGACGAAAGCUUACUUGUUCCCUCCGGAGAAGAAGCCAGCUCGUUUACCUGGCUUUCAUACUUGUGUUGGAGGUAGUGGAGAGAGACAAACACCAGAUUGGUACAAGGAGAAAGGAAUUGAGGUGAUAUAUGAAGAUCCAGUGACUGGAGCUGAUUUUGAAAAGCAAACCCUCACAACAAACAAAGGGAAUCUAUUAAAAUAUGGAUCACUAAUUAUCGCUACAGGGUGUACAGCCUCAAGGUUCCCAGAUAAAAUUGGUGGGAACUUACCCGGUGUUCACUAUAUUCGGGAGGUUGCAGAUGCUGAUUCACUGAUAUCAUCUUUGGGAAAGUCAAAGAAAGUUGUCAUUGUUGGUGGUGGCUACAUCGGCAUGGAGGUUGCUGCUGCAGCUGUUGCGUGGAAUCUAGAUACAACGAUUGUAUUCCCCGAAGAUCAGCUUUUGCAAAGGUUGUUCACUCCAUCACUUGCUCAGAAAUACGAAGAACUAUACCGUCAAAAUGGUGUUAAGUUUGUCAAGGGCGCUUCCAUAAAUAACUUAGAAGCAGGUUCGGAUGGGCGGGUAUCAGCUGUUAAGCUUGCUGAUGGGUCUACAAUUGAAGCAGACACGGUUGUGAUCGGAAUUGGAGCUAAGCCUGCUAUUGGCCCCUUUGAAACUUUGGCCAUGAACAAAUCUAUCGGAGGAAUUCAGGUUGAUGGCUUGUUCAGGACAAGUACCCCUGGAAUUUUUGCUAUUGGAGAUGUCGCAGCCUUCCCUUUGAAGAUAUAUGAUCGGAUAACUCGGGUUGAGCAUGUCGAUCACGCCCGCCGAUCUGCACAACACUGUGUGAAAUCGCUACUCACAGCACACACUGACACGUACGAUUAUCUCCCGUAUUUCUACUCAAGAGUAUUCGAGUAUGAAGGCAGCCCAAGAAAAGUUUGGUGGCAGUUUUUCGGGGAUAAUGUGGGAGAAACAGUCGAGGUUGGGAACUUCGACCCGAAAAUCGCUACCUUCUGGAUUGAUUCUGGCAGGUUGAAAGGUGUUCUUGUAGAAAGCGGUUCUCCCGAGGAGUUUCAGCUUCUCCCGAAACUAGCAAGAAGCCAACCAAUUGUCGAUAAGGCUAAACUCGCGAGCGCAUCUUCAGUUGAGGAAGCCCUCGAGAUUGCUCAAGCCGCUCUACAGAGUUAG